UGAGGCGCAUGCGCUCUCCCGGGGACGUUCAGUGCGGUGUCUUCUUGCCCACGUUUUCAACGACCCCCUCCCUCUACCUGACGGAGUCCGUUGCCGCUGAUGGCCUUCAGGAGGCUACCAUUCCCUCAGCUGACUCUGGCCGCGGUGCUGGGGGUGGCGGGCGGCCUGUAUGUGUACAAGCCCCUCUUCCAGCGGUACAGCCUGGAGCAGCGCAAGGCCCGGGAGGCGGCCCUGGCUCAACUCCCUGAGUCUCACCGCCCCCAGAGCCCAGCCGAGAGCUGACCCCGGCCCAGAUCACGGGAGGAAGGCGACUCUUCAUCGAGGGCGAAAUGUGAAAGCGUCUGUGAAAUGGGCUGUGGGAUAUUUCCAAAGCGCUAUUUUAAUGACCUUUACAAUGCAGAAACAUGCCAACCUUUUUAAAAAUGGUAAUAAUACUCUCACCUCGAUGAAGACAAAGUUGUGGCUGUAACCCCCCACUCCAUAAAUUCAAAGUGGACGGCGCGAUGCAUUGCUGAGGGAGGGCUGCACUAGUGGAGGUGCCGUCUUUUGAACUAAAUACAUCAUCCUUUGGUUUAGUAUUAUCUCGGAUGGAGAAGAAGCAGGUCUUCACCUUUCUGUCAACACCUAAAAAUAGACCGUCUGGUCAUUAUCACAUUACAGUAGGUUUCAGUGUGACUUGUUUCCAAUAAGUGACUACUUAAAAAAGAUUAGCUGCAAAGUGCUUUGGAACAACGUUAUUAAAAAAGAUCCCAGAAACACUAGAAAUUGCUAAAAACAAAUCCUGGGUUUAUCAGGAUUAGGUAUUUUUGCUACUGAAUUGUGUCUUUUUUUCAGAUAGAAAAUGAGAGUAAGUCUCAAGCCUUUGGUGAUGGCUUUAUCCAAGAAUAUUGAGGUUGAAUUUCAUAAAAGCAAAGUCUGGAUGGAUUUGGUCCUCUCAUCAUCAUGCAAAACAUUGAGUGAAAUGUGCUGUAAUAGUCUUUACAUUCAUCUGUGAUGUUGAUCCUUCCAGAAGAAAGAUUCUGGAUUGCCUUCAUAUUUAAGGAUUGAUCUGAUUGACAUAUGAACUAGGAGCAGGCCUGGACCAUUUGGUUCCUUGUCUACUGUAUAAUUUGAUAAGAUGGCUGAUCUGAUUGGAGCCUCAAUACAACUUUUCUGUCCAUCUCCCAUACUUUUGUGAGUCCUUAUCAACACAAAAUCUUUAACUCAACCUUAAAAAUAUUCAAUGGCUCUACCUCCACUGUCUCUUGGGAAAAGAGAUCCAAAGACUCAACCUUCUGAAAUAAAAAGUCUCCACCAGCUUGAAGGGAACUGCCUCGUUUUUGUCUGCUGGUUCUAAUCUCUCCCAAAAGGGAAAAAAAAAUCCUCCUGGUAUCCAUACUAUCAACUAUUCAUUGUCCCAAGAAUCAUUGGAGUGAAUUUUUUCGGAACCAUUAUAUGCUGUCUUCAUUAGUACAGGCUACGCAGAAGUUAGUUACAGAAUUGUCUUAUCUGGUUUAGAACCUCAAGUCUAUCUCUAAUUGGCUGUGGAAAAGGAAAGACAAAUACGUGUAUGAAGUGAGAUAUUUUCAUUAUUAAAUUCCAGCAAAUUAUUAAGUAUCUCAAUUGUUUAUUUGAUUUCUUGAAUGUAAUUUCCAGAAAAUAUCAGUUGAUGUGGAAUAAAAUCUGUUGGUAUUGAUGAA